AUGGGCCGACUCGCUACAGAUUUCGCUGCUGCUGCGACGAUGGCAGACAACCUGCCCCAGAACUUGCCCCGUGUGUCUAUUUUGGAUGCGCUCCUUCCACGAAAAAUCACAUCCCCACCUAAGCACCCAAUCUCACUCACGCCUGGCGCGUUUCAAAGAGUCGAAGUACUCCUGCACGCCACCGCAAGAUUUUCCACUGUCAGGAUACUGUCUCGGCCCGACCGCUCAGGACUCGUCAUCUACAAGCGCAACGACUGCAUCAUCAUGAUCGUGGCCUCUGCCUUCGGAAUUGCUCUCGCGCGACCAAAAGUUUGGCUGACUGAUCCUGACACUGGCCAGCCUUUAGGUACUUCGGACGAGAGCAUUCGUCCAGGCGUCGGAGACCAUGAGAUCAGAAAGAACAAGCGAGGCAAGAUGUUCAUGGUCCACCACAAGGGCUCCACGAGUCGUCCUGGCAGUGCAGUCGAAAUCGCGGGUGGCAAGAAUGGCGAGAAAGUCAGCACUGAAGACGUUCGGAAGACCAAAGGUGGCGGAGAUGAGAAGAAGGAUCAAGCUAAGGCUGAUGAGAAGAAGCCUGGAUCCAAAGAGGAUGAGAGCGGCUUCACCGAGGAGGAAGAUGCUAAGCUAAUCGAAUUCAAGGCACCCGGCAAAGCCAGUAAGCCAUGGAAGGAGAUCGCUGAGGAGAUGGGUCGGUCGCAGCAGGAACUGAAAGAACGCUGGAAAGUGAUCAACCCAAAUGCUCAAGGAGACGGCAAGGGCGGUCAAGAGGGACAAGGUAAAGGCGGAAAGAAGAAUGAUCAAGGAGGCAAGCAGAAACAGGAUGGCGAUGGCGGAGAUCAGAAGACGGGCAACGAGAAGCAGAACAAGGGUGGCAACAACCAGCAAGGUGGUGGCAAAAAAGGCAAGGGCAAGAAUAAGGAGUGGACUUCAGACGAGGACGCCAAGCUGAAGGAAAUGUGGGCUGCUGAAAAGCCCUGGGGUGAGAUGCAGAACGAGUUCCAUUGUGGUCGGGACGUGAUUCAGGCUCGUUGGGAUGAGAUUGGAGAUGGCAAAGAACCGUCCAAGCAAGACAGUAACGACAAGAAACCAGGACCUAGCAGAGAGUUCACAGAAGACGACGACAAGCAAUUGAGAGAGCUCAUGAAAUCCGGCGCCACCUUUAAGACCAUUGCGAAGGCAAUGCCAGGCAAAUCCAAAGCAGACGUCGAAGACCGCUGGAAGGAGAUUGACGAUUCGAAAAAGCCUGAAGUCAAGCCAGUAGAGCCCCAGAAGGAGGAGGCGAAGAAUGCCCCCAGUGCUAAAGCGGCAAGUGCGAAGGCUGCAAGUGUCGCCAGCAAAGCUCGGAGCCAUCAAAGCGAAGUCAGAUUCACCAUGGGCGAGUGGAUGACUCUCCAGGAGGACGAGUUAUUCACUUUUCAGGAGCUGCAACUUCUCUCUCACAUCAUCAUGCGCGACCCGAGCCAGAGCUGGCUGAGAGUGGCCAGUAGCUUCCACGACAAGACUGGACGCAGAGUACAUCCGGACGAUAUCCGUGAGAAAUUCGAGGCCAUGGCUGCCAUGGGAUGA